AUCGGGAGCCGGAGUCAGUGUGAGUGUCGGCGGCCGAUCCGCCAGCUCCCUAUCUCUCGCCCGCCCGCCGCGUCUCUCCAUAAAAAUGCAACACUCCGCUUGCUGACUCCCUGACAGAACUGGAAAAAAAAAAUAUAUAUAUAACAUCCACGGACACUUACUCCUCUCAGCGAAAUAAAAAUGUUCACGGACACUUCGAAAGAUUCAUUUGCCCUGGAUGUGGCUCUAAUUUCGGCAGCUGUGUUCAUUUGUCUCGCUGCUAUGGUCGCCAUGUGUGGGAUCUGCAAAUGGUGUCAACACAGGCUGGGGAAACGACACAAGAGUUCUUUGGAGGCAGUCACCACACCAGACUCCAAUCGAGGCCGCAUCGAGAAGAAAGCCAUCAAUGAUCUUGACAAAGACUUUUGGAAUAACAAUGACAGCACAGUACAAAAGAAAUGGAGUUCCUACCCUCCAAAGGAGUUCAUUCUAAACAUUUCGCCUUAUGCACCAUAUGGUGACCCUCGUCUUUCACUCAAUGGCUCUCUCAUGUCCGGUAACAAAGCUCCAGUAGCUGAAAAAGAAACACGCACGGCCGAGAAGCAAACCCGCAGCAACAGCAUGAAGAGCAGUGGAUCUUCCAACAGUAAUCGGGGUGAAGCUGCCAAUGGGAAGGUUGGGAAAGGUGGGCGAUGGUACACAGUGCAGAGUCUCCUAGCGUCGGGCAAGCUCAACCAAGCUAACUUGGAUGAGCCGUCAUUGUCAGCAGCCUCCACGCUAGAACACAUAUCCACUCCGCCAGGGGACCAGCCGUCGAAAUGCCCACGACCUCGGACGCUGCAGAGGCAGCAGAGCCUCCAGCAGCCAUUGCAGCAGCAUAGACCUACCCACCACCAGCCUGCCACCAGCCAGAGCCUCGGGCAGCUUCAGUUCCAGCAACAGUCAACCUCGGGCAGCCGGUCUCCCUACAGAGCCCAGCAAAGGGCGGGCUGUACAGCAGGCACGCGCAGUCGCACGGCAGGCGGACACAGCCGUUCCAAUCCCGGGAGCUGGGACUACGUCAUGGGACAGCUCCGUAAUCGAGGGUUAGAUAUGAAGUCUUUCCUUGAAGGCCGGAUGGUGGUCCUGUCCCUGGUUAUGGGUCUGACAGAACAGGAUGACUUUGCAAAUAUCCCCGAUCUACACACCAGCAACAGCCAACAAAUCCAAGGCACGCAGUCAGACAAAAGGUUGCCCACUGGAAAUAAGCCAGUGAACACCACUCCUGUGCAAGGGCAGGUUCCUCAGGAUGAUUUGGACAGAAGAACAGAACCUCGCUCCUCAGUCUCAGACUUGGUCAACUCCCUUACAAGUGAGAUGCUAAUGUUGUCGCCUUGUUCUGAAGAUGACCACGAGGGAAGUUCACGUGAGAACCUUGGUCGGAUUCAGUUCAGUGUCGGCUACAAUUUCCAAGAAUCUACCUUCACCGUGAAAAUACUGAAAGCUGUGGAGCUGCCAGCAAAGGACUUCAGUGGUACCAGCGACCCGUUUGUUAAAAUCUACUUGCUCCCUGACAAAAAACACAAAUUGGAAACGAAAGUGAAAAGAAAGAAUUUAAAUCCACAUUGGAACGAGACAUUUCUUUUUGAAGGCUUCCCCUAUGAGAAAGUGGUGCAGCGAGUGCUCUACCUCCAAGUCCUCGACUACGAUCGUUUCAGUCGGAACGAUCCGAUCGGAGAGGUUUCGUUACCGCUGAGCAAGGUGGAUUUGACACAGACACAGACGUUCUGGAAAGAACUAAAGCCAUGCAGUGAUGGAAGUGGAAGUCGAGGGGAACUUCUCUUGUCAUUGUGUUACAACCCUACUACCAACACUAUCACUGUGAACAUAAUUAAGGCAAGGAAUCUGAAAGCCAUGGACAUAGGGGGUACAUCAGAUCCCUAUGUUAAAGUUUGGCUCAUGUACAAAGACAAGAAAGUGGAAAAGAAGAAAACAGCUGUGCUGAAGAGAUGCUUAAACCCCAUCUUUAAUGAGUCUUUCAUGUUCGACGUACCAACAGAAAUAUUGAGGGAGACAACUAUUAUAAUCACUGUGAUGGAUAAAGACAGGCUGAGCAGAAAUGAUGUUAUUGGAAAGAUUUACUUAUCUUGGAAAAGCGGUCCCGGUGAGGUCAAGCAUUGGAAGGAUAUGGUUGGGAGACCACGACACGCUGUGGCUCAGUGGCAUCAACUCAAGGCAUGAUUUUUCAUCAAAUCAAAGAAGUUUGCAUUUUAAGUAUGCACAAUGAAGCACCUGGACUAACGUCAUGGAUUACUCAGCCAUCAAUCUGGGAGUCCAGCAGCCAAUCCAUACACCAUGGACUUUAUAGCAUUGAGCUGCCAGGGACAUUUUUUUAAGUCGAGAGGUCAUAUCCACCUUGUGCUUCAACGACCAUCUCCAACCCAGCACUCUGCACCCUCCACCCCAACCUCCUCCCUCGACAAAAGAAAUUUGCAUUUUUUGGUCGCGAUACAACUCAUUCUGUGUUCGCGGCUAGUAGUCACAUGGCUUCGACUUUUAGUUUCAAUUUUUCCGGUGACAAAAAAAAAGCAAAUUGUUCUUCCAGUAGUGAGCGAGUUUAUAGCUUUGGAAAAAAAAAACUAUGUGUCAUUUUUUUCCAAAAUACGAUGGUAUUUUAAUUUUCUGGUGCAGACGUUUAUGCUUAUGGUUCUAAAGACUACUUUUUUAUUUAUCUUGAUUAACCUAGAGGGUGAGGAAACAUGAGAAAACAGGAAUUUAAAAUCUGUGUAUGUCUCUGUGUGUGUGUUGUGUGUCAGUAACUGUAUAAAGUGUGUUUUGGUGCACACAAAAGAAUAUUCAGCCACGCCCUUAAUGCGUGGGUUAUUUUCUCUGCACUUUUUAAAAUGAACAGAUUUGGUUAUGAAAAUAAAAUUCAAUGGAGGGAUUUGGGGUUUCUAGAGGUGGUUUUUAAGUGGGCAAUGUCUGGUUUACACAGUAUUUCAACUUGCUUCUCCUUCAUCCAGGCCUUAUAGAGCUACUGUACUGGUAAACAAAAAUCCCAAAGGAUUACCAUGCAGAAAAUCUAUAAUGUUGCACACAGUAUUUGCCUGCCAAUCCAAAGGCGACAGAUAGCAAUUGUAAAAUAUUGUAUUGAUAUUCCUGUAAAAGUACUAUCAGGUAACAUUGUAGAUCACCAUGCAUUUUCUGGACACUUCUGUAUUAUCAGGUGCAUGAAAAACAACAUUAUUUGGUGGUGAGUAAAAUUCCUUCAUUUGGGUUAUUUGGAUGAAUUUAUGAAGGCUAAAGGCUGGGGUUGGGGCAGUGCCGCAUAGACACUGAGCACAGAUCCAGAGUUCUUAACAACAACACGAACAACAAAAUCCCUGUCCUAUCCUCCUCUUGAUUUACAUGUCUCUAUCACAAUCAGACUGAGAAGUUAAUUGAAGAUCUAAUUUUCCAAUCAGAGAAUCGGAUAUUGCAUCUUGUUCUGGGCCACUGAAUAGUUAACUGCAACGUAGACUUCAUAGAAAAAAUGUAGGUAUCUCAGUGCAGUAUAGAGCAUUAUUUGAAGUGGCGCAGUGAGCGUGGUGCGGGUGUAUGGAAGGAGCUGCCAGAGAAGGUAUUUGAAGCAGAUACUAUAACAGCAUUGAAAAGAGAUUUGGACAGGUGCAUGGAUAGGAAAGCUAUGGACCAAAUGCGGACAGGUAGGACUCGUACAGAUGGGCAUCUUGGUUGGCAUGGGAAAGUUGGGCCGAAUGGCCUGUUUCAAUGCUGUAUGACUCUAUGACGGGAUCUGGAAUUCAACUUUGGUUGCCAAUUUGAGGCAUGUUUUUGAAAAGAGGUGACAGGCUCCCGUUGGUUUUGAGCUACUCUUACAGAUCUACUAAUAAAGCAAUGUUUCCAACAGGCAGGGGUCUUGAGAUAAAAAUCAUGAUCAUUUCACAUCCUGUUCCCACUCUACAAUGUGUGCUCCACAAUGUAGAAUUUCAGGCAGAGAAACAGAAUUCAAAAAUCCUUAGCAAAGUACAUCUGUAGUUCCUUGUGUCUCAAUCCCCAAAUCUAUUUUUGCUUCGGGGAUAUAUUGGGCCAACAAAGGGAGCGAUCAUGUACAGUUAGUUGUCAAGUAAAUCUCUUGCAAUAUCAGCCAAUGAUAAACCAAGUCUGUUCUGAACAGUAUGUUGAUAACAUCUGCUAGAAAUAGCCAUCAUCUGUGGAAAUAUAUAGACACAUUCACUCAGAGUAUUUCUUGUGUUGCUGCCAGGGCGAUGUCCCAUAUUAUGGCCCAUUUAUGCCGUGAUCCCAUGUUAAUUAGAACAGGGAUAGUUCUACCCGCAGUCACUUCUUGUUAAGUGAGUGAUAGCAUCUUCCCAACAGUCCGGGCUUUAUAUGAAUCGAGAGAUGAUGAGCCAGCAUUUAACUCUGAGCCAUAUGUUCCUAUAUCAUGCACCUAAAUCCAUAUUGAUCCCAUUAAAUGACUGUUUAAGCUGUGGUUCUAUGAAGAUUGGUAGGUAAGAGCAGGGGCGGAAAACCCGGGGGGGGCCAUAGGGGAUACGUCCCCCCCAUGUUUUGAGAGGUGGGGGACAUUCCCCCCAAGUUUUUGUGAUCCCGAUUUUAAAAU